AUGUAUUGCCCCAUUAACUAUAGCAAAGAUCCACCAGACGAGAAACUCCAUUCCGCACUGCUGCUGAGUGGUCGGACUUAUCCACCUCAGGGAUUCGUGUCAUUUCUGUUUUUUGAAUUUGCGGGUACUAAGAGUCCUCUCACUACCAAUCAGCAGACAUCAUUAUCUUGCUGGGUCUUGCCGGCGUCUGUGAGAUCAGAGCAACAGGGAACGCCUAGACGACGACGCCCGUCCAGGGCUGAAGUAAGUAGAUCGAGAGGUCGUUCCGCCCCUUGUCUCCGAGGAUGGGUAAUAUGUUCUCAUACGGAAUUGUUGCUAUCCAACUUGAUUCUAGAGGGCCUAGCUGGCGAGCGAUCCCAGUCCGCGGCAGAGAACAAGACAGCAAGCGAGCGUACCUUUGUUAGCUUCUUCUCCACCAAGCACGGAAGUUUAAGGAUAACUGUAGGUCGGUGGCUACCUAAGGAAACUCCGAUUCGAUCCGCCCUGCUGGGAGGCAUCUACCUCAUCCCGAUCACAAGGAGAGGUUCACCAUGAUGGGGUUU